AUGCCAGCACCAACCGAAUUUUUGACCUACAUUGACGCCAAAGCGGAUAUCUUCAUCAAGCGUCUCGCAGACGCCGUUGCGAUCCCAUCAAUCUCUGGAGAUGCAAAGCACCGAAACGAUGUAUUCGCGAUGGCAGACUGGCUGAAUGCUCAGCUGAGGCAGUUGGGCGUCGACACCCAGCUUGUGGACCUCGGGAGACACAAGAUGGACGGCGAGGACCUGCCUCUGCCCCCGGCGAUCCUCGGUCGGAUUGGGAGCGAUAGUAGCAAGAAGACGGUAUUGAUAUAUGGACAUUUCGACGUACAGCCGGCAAACAAGUCAGACGGCUGGGAUACCGAUCCAUUCACCUUGGUCGUGGAUGAAAAGACAGGACGUCUCAUCGGACGUGGUAGCUCGGAUGACAAAGGUCCUAUCCUCGGCUGGCUGAAUGUACUGCAAUACCACCACGAGAGCAAGCUGCCUCUGCCUGUAAACCUUGUCUUCUGUUUCGAGGGCAUGGAGGAGAGCGGGAGUGAAGGUCUCGACGACCUUGUGCGUCGCGAGUCAAAGAAAGGAGGUUGCUUUGAAGGAGUCGAUUGCGUCUGCAUUUCGGACAACUACUGGCUCAACACACGCACCCCCGCCCUCACAUACGGCCUGCGCGGUCUCUCGUACUACAAAGUUACCAUCUCCGGCCCUGCACGCGACCUCCACUCUGGCGUCUUCGGCCGGACGGUGCAUGAGCCCAUGACCGACCUCAUCAGCCUCCUAAGUACACUCGUCUCGCCACAGGGCGACAUCCUGAUAAAGGGUGUCGACGACAUGGUACCAAGGGCCGACGAGGAAGAGAAAGCCAUCUAUGCUGGGCUUGACUAUAGCAUCGCUGACGUUGAAGAAUCGGCCGGGGCAUCGAUCGCCCUUUCCGCAGAUAAGGUGUCGGUGCUUAUGGGCCGCAUGCGCGAACCCAGUCUGUCGAUCCACGGCAUCGAAGGUGCUUUCAGCGGGGCUGGCGCGAAGACUGUUAUCCCAGCCAAGGUGUCUGGGAAGUUCAGCAUUCGCCUGGUACCCCCUCAGACACCCGAAGCCAUCGAUCCGCUGGUGAUUGACCAUCUGGAAAAGGCGUUUGCGAAGCUCGGCAGCAAGAACAAGCUGUCUGUCGAGAACCUGCACGGUGGCAAGCCUUGGGUCGCUGAUCACCGACACUGGAACUUCGAGGCCGCGAAGAAGGCCACUAAGGCUGUGUACAAGCAGGACCCCGACCUAACACGCGAAGGUGGGUCAAUUCCCGUGACGCUGACGUUCGCGGAGUCGUUGGGAGUCAAUGUGUUGUUGCUGCCAAUGGGGCGAGGAGAUGAUGGUGCACACUCGACCAACGAGAAACUCGACAGGUCCAACUUCAUCGAAGGAUCCAAACUGCUAGGCACAUACUUGUACGAGCUGGCUGACAUUGCGAAGAAUUGA